AAUACAAAUCGCUGACGCAGGAAGAAAAGCAGAGCGAAGAUGGAUCCUAUCCACAUUGACUUACAGUUUACGUAUUUAUUCCUUCAAUUAUUUGUAUAAAUCCUGAAUAAAUACAGGUCAUUGACACUUUUCUAAUAUUACGUGGAAAACUUUUAUUUAGAAAAUUCUGAAAUUCUGAGAUCCGGAAGUACUUUUUAGUGUUGUUGCGGAGACGCUGAUAAAAUAUGCCAUGUUUUUAGUUGCUUCCUGAUAGUUGUGGUAAAUAACGUGGUUAAACUACUUAUAGAUUAGCGGUUAGAUAUCGAUUUUUACAUAAACUCAACAGAAAUGUAAUUUAUUUUCUACGCUGCUGAUUCAGAUAACGGUGCGUUAGCUACAUGCUAUUUAACUUGAGAUAAGACUCGGCGUUGUCACUCCAUGCCAUUCAUCUCAUUGUUGAAACGAGAUACAUCGUGCCACGUAACGUCUGGGUAGCUACCGGUGCUAAUAUUUAUUGCAGACCAAUGGAGGACGGCAAAUCGCCAACACGUUUUGUCUACUGUAACCGAGAUUUUGCUGACCAUGUUUGCUGGUCUGGAUGUGGUGACCGAACUGCCUCGAUGUCUAAAUUUGACACGACAAUUCAAGCCGGAUGGACUGACAGGAUGGAGAGGGGGCUAUUCCGUUAUCACCUGGGCGACUUGGAGACAAGAAUUUUACCUGGGCCGGCUCGGUAUGUGGCCCAACUGAAUAUUCAAAGAGGGAUAGAGCGAAGACAGCCUCAGGAAAUAUUAAGCAUCAAACAAAACUUUGACACCAAGCAGUUCAACUUCAACAAAAUCAAUCCAGAGGAAGUCAUUUUUGAGAUGAGUAAGCAAAUUGAGCCUACGUCGCAACCCAAAGGUGGGGGCCCCUGUAAAGAAAAUGGACACCCAUGUGAUGAACUCUGUAGAAUUAUGGUGAUGGUCAAUGUUAGCCCAUUGGAAUUUGGUCACUGUUUAUUAGUUCCAGAGCCCACCCAGUGUUCACCACAGGUCCUGACCCCCGCUGCCAUCCAAAUCGGAAUCGAAUCUGUGCUGCUGAGUUCUGACCCGGGCUUCCGGGUGGGAUUCAAUAGUCUUGGUGCGUUUGCAUCUGUCAAUCAUCUCCACCUUCAUGGAUACUACAUGAAGCAGGAGCUAAACUUAGAAACUGCUUCAACCCAACCCUUAGUGCCGGAAAAGGGAUUUUACCGUCUGAGAGACUUCCCCAUCGGCUUUAUGUUCUACGCUGAAAUGGAUGACCUUGAGAAAGUUGUCUGUGCCAUUAGUCAGGUCACAAACUCAUUGGUGGAGAGGAACAAGGCACACAACCUGUUUUUCACUCGAGGCUGCCCACCUGGGAAGCCUGAUGUGCGUGCCAGGCGUGGUGUGCGCAUUGUCGUGUGGCCUAGGAGGUCCUGCUUUGGUGCCAAAGAUGAAUCUGCCUUCAAUGUGGCUCUGUGUGAGCUGGCUGGACAUUUACCAUUCAAGAACAGACAUGACUUUGAACACAGCACUGAAAAAGAUGUGAUGGCCAUCAUUCAGAGGUAUCUGCUGCCUGACCAACAGUUUCUUCAGUUGGAACAGCAACUUACUGCACAUUUACAGAAAGACAUUUAAGCCUGAUUUACCUAGAAGUGAACAAUUGGAUGUAUUAUAUUUCAUGGGCAUUAAAGUAUAACUCAACAAAUCUCAACUGAAUAAAACAUACUUGAAAUCGCA